AUGGGCUCCGUCGCGUCUUCCAGCUUGACGGUGGCCGACGUCACCAUCACCGGAUUCACCGUCACCGACAUCCGCUUCCCGACCUCGCUCGACGGCGUGGGCUCCGAUGCCAUGCACGUCGGCACCAACGGCUCGCACCCCUACGUCCGCCUCGAGACGAAUGUCGGCAGCGCGCUGGUCGGCGAGGGCAUUGCCUUUUCCAACGGCCGCGGCAGCGAGCUGAUCUGCAUGGCCCUGAGCAUCUUUACACAGCGUGUCGUCGGCAAGACGAUGCACGAGCUGACGCGCAAUAUGGGCAAGACGUGGCGGUACAUGGUGGCCGACAGCCAGUACCGGUGGAUCGGCCCCGAAAAGAGCGUGACGCACCUGGCCGUGGCGGGCGUGCUGAAUGCCGUGUGGGACCUGUGGGGCAAGAUUGUCCAGAAGCCCGUGUGGCAGGUCGUCUGCGACAUGACGCCCGAGGAGCUGGUGCAGUGCAUCGACUUCCGGUACAUCACCGACGCCAUCACGCCCGACGAGGCGGUGGCCCUCCUCAAGACGACCCAGGCCGGCAAAGAGGCCCGCCUCGCCGAGGCGCGCGCCAACACGGCCGUGCCGGCGUACACGACGUCGCCCGGGUGGAUGGCCUUUACGGGCGACCGCAUGAAGGAGGUGCUGCGGGACACCAUCGACCAGGGCUACACCGUCUUCAAGUUCAAGGUCGGCACCAGCGUCGAGGCCGACCGCGCCAAGCUGGCGGCCGUGCGCGACGUCCUGGGCUACGACAAGGGCUACCAGAUCAUGAUCGACGCCAACCAGGUCUGGAGCGUGCCCGAGGCCAUCGCCUACAUGAAGCAGCUCGUCGAAUUCAGGCCCGUGUUCAUCGAGGAGCCCACCAACCCCGACGACGUGCUGGGCCACGCGGCCAUCCGCAGGGCGCUCAAGCCCUACGGCGUCGGCGUGGCCACCGGCGAGGCGGCCCAAAACCGCGUCACGUUCAAGCAGCUGCUGCAGGCCGAGGCCACGGACGUGUGCCAGAUCGACGCGGUGCGGCUCGGCAGCGUCAACGAGUGCCUGGCCGUCAUGCUCAUGGCGUGCAAGUUUGGCGUGCCCUGCAUCCCCCACAACGGCGCCAUGGGCCUCACCGAGCUGACGUCGCACCUGUCGACCAUCGACUACGUCGCCGUCAGCGGCAACAAGUCCAUGCUCGAGAACGCCGACAGCCACCGCGAGAACCUGCGGCACCCCUCCCAGAUUGUCAACGCACACUAUGUCACGCCGCUGGCGCCGGGCUACUCGACGGGCUACACCGACGAGGCCCUCGAGAAGUAUACCUACCCGACCGGCUCUUUCUGGCAGAGCGACGUUGGGCUGGAGAUUCGUGCUCAGCCAACAGGUGGUGGGCUGUAG